UUCGAUUUGCAUAUCUGCAUAUAGCUAGAACUGUGGCAUAGGCUGCUAUAACCCGACCUCCUUAUUUCGACAGACAGUUCAGGGGUUAUAUAAUUACUCAGUGAUAUAUCCCACCAGUGCCAGUUCAAGACUAGAAUAAAAAUGGAUAAGUUUGACUGUGUAGUCACUGAAUUAAAAGUAUGGGAUAUCCGAUUUCCCACUUCAAUGGGACAUCAUGGAUCAGAUGCUAUGCAUGGGGAAGUGGACUAUUCUGCUGCAUAUGUUACUUUGAAGACUGAUUCAUCAGAUGGCAUUAUUGGGCAUGGCUUAACAUUUACACUUGGAAAAGGAACUGACAUUGUUGUGAAGGCAAUUGAAGUAAUAAGACCCAGAAUCCUUGGAAGGAAUAUAAAAGAUAUAUUUCAGGGUUUUGGAAAAUUUUGGCAAGAAAUCGUUCGUGAUGGACAGCUUAGAUGGCUCGGACCAGAGAAAGGUGUUGUUCACAUUGCAGCUUCAGCAGUUUUCAAUGCAUUAUGGGAUCUGUGGGCAAAGAAAGAAAAUAAGCCAGUCUGGAAACUUCUCGCUGACAUGUCCCCAGAACAGAUCCUAUCAUUGGUAGAUUUCAGUUACAUAACUGAUGCUAUUUCUAAAGAAGAAGCAUUGGAAAUAUUGAAGAAAAACGAAGCAACCAAGCAAGAAAGAGAAAAGAUUAUGCUAGAGAAAGGCUAUCCAGCUUACACAACUUCAGUGGCUUGGCUCGGGUAUUCUGAUGAAUAUCUAACAAAGCUUUGUAAAGAGGCAUUGGAAGAGGGUUGGACCAAAUUCAAAGUCAAAGUUGGUGCUAGUUUGGAAGAUGAUAUACGACGAUGCCGCAUCAUUCGAGAAAAAAUUGGACCAGAUAUGGAAAUGAUGGUUGAUGCCAACCAGAGAUGGGAUGUCAAAGAUGCAAUUGAAUGGAUGAAAAACUUGACUCAGUUUAAACUUAAGUGGAUUGAAGAACCAACAAGUCCUGAUGAUGUUCAAGGACACAGAGUUAUUGCAGAGGCGAUGGAACAAUACGGCAUAGGUGUAGCAACCGGGGAAUGCUGUCAAAAUCGUGUCAUGUUUAAACAAUUCAUCAGAGAUGGAAAGAUUAAAUAUUGUCAGAUCGAUAGUUGUAGACUUGGAUCUAUAAAUGAAAACAUUGCUGUAUUGCUAAUGGCUAAAAAAUAUGGAGUUGCCGUUUGUCCACAUGCAGGAGGUGUUGGUUUGUGUGAGUUAGUUCAACAUAUAAUUAUGUUUGACUAUCUUUGUGUUUCUGGCACAACAGAGGACAGGGUAUGUGAAUAUGUUGAUCAUCUUCAUGAACAUUUUGUUGAUCCUGUUGUAAUAAAGAAUGCUGCAUAUACUGCACCCAAGGACCCAGGAUUCAGUUCUGAAAUGAAAACAGAAUCAAUCUCAGAUUAUGAAUAUCCAACUGGUGCAGUUUGGCAAAAGCUUUUAAAAGAAGGAAAGUUUACAUUGUGAGCAAUUAAUUGCCCAUGAAUAAAUCAUAAUUACAUAGUAUAUAUUAAUCAUAAAAUGCCUUAAUAUUGUACAUGUGAUUUCUGUUUUACUACAAUUAAAUCAUUUAAUAACUGUUACCUGUCUGUGCAACUUUAUUGCAUAUAACCAAUUGAUUAUCCAUGCUAUAUUUACAUAAUUAUGUACAACUGUAAGCCACGAUAUAUUACAACUACAUUAUGCCAAAGUUACCAUUAGUUCAGUUCAGACUUUUUUGCUAGAAGUUUUAUGGCAGUUCAAAAAAUAGCAUUUUUUUACUGUUCAUAAUCUUUAUCUGUAUACAACCUAUGGGGAAGGUGCUCUAUAACUUAUGCAACAUUAUGUUACUAUUGCAUUAACUAUUUUGCUUUCACAGAGUCAUUGUAAGUGUUGUUUUCAUAACUUUUUCCACCAUUUCACUGGGAAGUUGAUCACUACUAUUGCUUUACUGUGAAACAAUAGGAUUGAUGUGAUCACUUCUGUGGUAUUGUAUACAUGUUAUUUAUGACUAUCACAAACAACAAUUUGGAGAAAGCAAGCCUACAUUUAUAAGUUUCUAGUCCACUUCAUGGUUUGAACUCUGAAUCCCAAGAAGCCACUAAACUAAGACUCCGCAGCCCUGGUUGUGAUUUAGUGUUACUAUUUUCUCAAUUCAACUUUUACUUACUAAUAUAUGUGCAAUAUACAUCCAUAUCUU